GGUUGAGGGGUGGUCUCUGAGGAGGAGCCAGGCUUGACCGUAUUGUUCGACACUCCACAACCUCGAGCGUGCAGCGCAGGGCGGGGAGCGCGCGGGGCGCGGGGCGCUCGCCUCCCCUGGUUCUCCCUACCGCCUGCGCCCCGCGAAGAGACCCGGGCUUCCCAGCGUGCCUCUGCACGGCUCGCCCGGGCCGGGAGGGAGGGGCCUGCUCAGGAGCCUGGUGUCCCGGCCCCCCGCGAUGGCCGCGGGACACAGCCGCAGGGAACAGCCGCGCGGAUGCAGGGGCGCCCAUCCCUAGCGGGGCGCAGCCUCCUCCUCGUCCUUCCCCCGACCGGCGGGAUGGGGGGCGGAGGGUCGGCCCUGAGGGUCUGCGCCGACCACCGCGGGGGCAUCAACUGGCUCAGCUUGAGCCCGGACGGGCAGCGUCUGCUGACGGGCAGCGAGGACGGCACAGCCAGGCUCUGGAGCACCGCGGACGGCCAGUGCUGCGCCCUUCUGCAAGGACAUGAAAGCUACGUGACCUUCUGCCAGCUGGAGGAUGAAGCUGCCUUCACAUGCAGUGCUGACUGCACCAUCAGGAAGUGGGAUGUGCUGACAGGGCAGUGCCUGCAGGUGUUCCGAGGACACACGUCCAUUGUGAACAGGAUCCUGGUCGCCAACAACCAGCUCUUCAGCAGCUCCUAUGACCGGACAGCUCGUGCCUGGAGUGUGGACAAGGGACAGGUGUCCCGGGAGUUCCGGGGCCAUCGCAACUGUGUGCUGACUCUGGCCUACUCUGCCCCCUGGGACCUCCCCGGGGCGCCCUGCGUGGAGGAGGCCGUGGCCGGGGGGCUCCUGGUGACGGGCAGCACAGAUGGCACAGCCAAGGUGUGGCAGGUGGCCAGUGGCUGCUGCCACCAGACGCUGCGGGGCCACACGGGUGCUGUGCUCUGCCUUGUGCUGGACACACCCAGCCACACAGCCUUCACCGGCAGCACUGAUGCCACCAUCCGAGCCUGGGACAUCCUGAGUGGGGAGCAGCUGCGGGUAUUCCGGGAGCACCAGGGCUCUGUCAUCUGUCUGGAGCUCGUGAACCAGCAUGUGUACUCGGGCAGCGCCGACAGGACAGUCAAGUGCUGGCUGGCGGACACGGGGGAGCGCGUGCGCACGUUCGCAGCCCACAGACACAGCGUGAGCGCCCUCAAGUACCACGCGGGCACCUUGUUCACAGGCAGCGGGGACGCGCGCGCGCGCGCCUUCGACGCCCAGUCUGGAGCGCUGCAGAAGGUGUUCCGCGGGCACGCCUUCAUCAUCAACUGCAUCCAGGUAGGCGCCCCCGCCCGUCCCCUGGGCCCCCUAGGGGCUCCUGGCUGAGCGAGGGCGAGCCCGGCUGCC